AUGGCUUCAGUUGCACCAAAUAGAAACAAUUCAAUACCAACUACAUUAUCAAAUAAACCAAAUAAUAGAUCAUUAAGGAAAAAAGUAUCAAAUACCUCAUCAUUAUCAUCAUCAUCAUCAUCAUUAUCAAGUAGCUCAAAAUAUUCAAAAAAACAAUUUCAACAAGGACAACAAAAAACUAAACUUAUAAUACGAUUAUUACCACCAUCAUUAACUCAAGAUAAAUUUUUAAAUCAAUUAGCAAAUAUAUAUCCAUAUCAUGCAACUAAAAUUUUAAAAUUUUAUUAUAUAAAAGGUUCAUAUCCAAAAAAUUCUUUUGAAAUUCCUUAUUAUAGCAGAGCUUAUUUAGAAUUUAAUAAUUUAAAUGAUUUAGAAGAAUUUAUAAAAUUUUGUUUAAAUAAAUCAUUUGAAGAUGAAAAAGAUUGUUUAAUUCCAAUAAUUGAAAAAUGUAUAUAUAAUAAAAUGAUUGAUGAAAGGAAAAAUUAUGAACAACACAAUAGUAAUAAACAGAAUCAAACAAUUAACAAUAACAAUAACAACAAAGAAAAUAUGAGUUUGGAGAAUGAUGAAAUCUAUAAGAAAUUCUUAACAUUUUUAAAUAAUCAUAUUGGAGAAUUUGAUUUACUUAAAAUUUCUAAUUCAUUACCAAAAAAGCAAAAAACAGAAGUUAAUAAAAUAGAUUCAUUGACAAAUUCAAAUAAAAAGAAACAAAAACAAACCAAGAAGAAAAAUGUUAAAGGGGAAGAGAAAACAGAUAAAAGUAAUGAAUUGAAAAAGAAAGAUGUUAAAGAAAAUAUUAAACAAGAAGAUGAUGAAAUUAAUUCCAAUCAGAAAGAUAACAAGGAAAGCUCAAAGAAGAAAGAAGCUGCAAUAAAAAAGAAUAAACUGAAAAAUAAACAAAGUGAUAUUAAUACGAAACUAAAAUCAGAGACAAAUUCUAUGAAAGAACAAAGUCAAACCAACUCAAAAGACUCAAAUAAAGGAGAUAAUGAACAAGUUAAACCAAAAAGAAUAAGGAAUCGCAAAAAGAUAAAUGAUAACAAUAAUACUAAACAAGUAAAAGAAAAUAAUACUACGAAAGUAGAAAACAAUAAUUCUAAAAAUGAUCGAACAAAACAAGAACAAAUUAAAGACAAUAAAACCAGACCAACUAAAAUACUUAAUAAAAGUGUAAAUAAAGUUUAUAUACGAAAUGAAGUUGAAAAAUAA